AUGCUUCGUUCUACUUCGCGUCUGGCCCGCUUGCGUGCAACGCGUGUCACUGCUCAGCGGUGUGCCUCAUCUAGCGCGGCUGAGAUACAGUCUGAGUCAGCACCAAAAUCUGCAUAUGCGUUGCCCAAGGCACCUAGCACCACCUACAAGAACAUAUCACACCCAAUUCCCUCUCCGGAACUCGGCCAAGCGUCCAAAGCUACCAUUGAGAAGGCCACGCACUAUGUUCUGCCCGUCUACGCGCGGCCCGAUGUUGUACUCGCUCGUGGAGAGGGCUGCACUGUGUGGGAUGAAGAUGGGCGGGAGUACCUCGACUUCUGCGCGGGUAUCGCGGUGAAUGCCCUUGGACACUCGGAUCCUGGUGUUGCGGAGGUUCUCCAUAAACAAGCCAGUACACUAUUGCAUACAUCAAACGUCUUCUACCACAAGCACGCGUCCGAGCUCGCAGAGAAGCUUGUGACUUUGACCCAGCGCGAAGGCGGCCUCGGCUACCAUCCCUCCUCGCAUCCGACAACCGCGCCGGGAGCGAAGGUUUUCUUCGCGAACUCGGGUACCGAGGCGAACGAGGGCGCACUCAAAGUCGCUCGUAUGGCAGGCAAGGUCCGCGGCGGGGAGCGCAAAAUCGGCAUCGUGAACUUUGAGGGCAGCUUCCAUGGUCGCAGCAUGGGUGCUUUGAGCGUCACGAGCAACCCGAAAUACCAAAAGCCCUUUGCGCCACUCAUCCCGGGUGUGCACACCGGAAAGCUGAACCAGCAUGAGGGUCUGAAGGAGCUCAUCAACGACGAGACGUGUGCAGUCAUCCUCGAACCGAUUCAAGGAGAGGGCGGUGUCAAUGUCGCUGAUGUCCACUGGAUGUCCGAGGUCGUUAGGCGCGCGCGGGAGGUCGGAGCCGUUGUCAUCUUCGAUGAGAUCCAGUGCGGUCUGUACCGAACAGGCACCCUAUGGGCACAUUCGACAUACCCACAGGACUGUCAGCCGGAUAUCGUGACCAUGGCCAAGCCACUCGCAAACGGUUACCCCAUUGGCGCGGUGCUCAUCCGUGAUGAGGUUGCAGAGGUGAUGAGUGCGGGUACUCACGGUACGACCUUUGGCGGUUCCCCGCUUGCGUGUGCAGUUGGCAGCCACGUACUGUCGCGUUUGAGCGAUCGCGCCUUCCUCGGCCAUAUGGCGGAGACGUCGGCUUACCUCCUUGCUCGGCUCGAGCAUCUUGCGGGUUGGUUCCCCAACCUGGUUGCCCCGAAAGUGCGGGGACGCGGUUUGAUCCUUGGGCUUGUGUUCAAGCGUGAGGGGGAUCCCGGCAAAUUGGUCGAGCUUGCGCGCGAGCGCGGUGUGCUUUUGCUCACGGCUGGCAAGGACGCUGUGCGACUUGUCCCAAGCCUGAAUGUCACGCACGCGGAGGUAGACAGGGCCGUGGACGUGAUUGAGAGUUGCUUGGGUGUAAUGUAG